AUGGGUGAUGGUUCAGCCCUGCCACACCACCACUUUUAACUUCUUGAGGAGCGACAAAGACCAUGGCCAUCCCCUCCUUUCCUGCUCUCCAAUUGUACCUUCCCUGCUUGCAUUCUCCUGAAACGCGAGUUUGAUCAAAGUUACAAGGGCCUGCGUGCCUUCCUUGCCCUCAACUCCUCAAUUCGCUCUCCUCCACUCGUGACCACCAACAUCAUCACCAUUCUCACCAUUCUCACCACUCUCACCAUUCUCACCACACCCAACCGCCACACCUCCUGCUCCUCGCCGUCAAGGAUCAUCUCACACCCGUCACGCGCAACACAGAAAUGACCUUCUCACCGAUGAUGAUUGUACAUUAAUCCAUUCUUCCUCAUCUUGAGCCUUGGUCUCUCUUCCCUGCGUCUCUUCAUCCUUUGGACCGCCCUCGGAAUGUCGACUACUACAACGUCCUUCCGUCCCUCAACUCCCUCACGAGCCGGCCUCAGUCCUCCAGAACUAUCCCCGAGCCGGAUCUCGCAAUCAUACUCCAUACCUCCCUCGCACCACCUCCCCCGUAACCUCGGUUUGUUCUCCCCUGUUGAUCAAAACGGGAGCUUCUGUUUCGAUCGCCAAAUCAAAAGUGGCAAGGUUCACAGACGCGUCAAAAACAAAGGAGCCUGGAAACCUUCAUGGAAGCCCGCUUUUCUCGUUCUCCGACCUAAUCUGCUCUCUAUAUAUCAAAAUGAAGAUGAGACCGAUCUCAAGGCAUCCAUCACCCUCUCAGAUGUCACUGCCGUGGCCCUAGUCCGUAAAGCCCAUACUGAGAAUGUCUUUGGCCUGUUCUCUCCUUCAAAAAAUUACCAUUUUCAGGGCGCCUCUGCCAAAGACACGGCUGACUGGAUCGCUGCUAUUCGGGCCGAAACAACAACUGAAGAGGACGAUGACAUCGAUCUGCUUCCUCCAAAGUUCUCCCACAGAGAUGUCGAGUCCCACCACCUUGAUGAAUCCAGUGAUUUGUCUGCAGACGAUCACUCACAUCCUGCUCUCUCUCCAGCGCAUCAACCAUGGGCCACAAAGGAGUCCAAACUGACAGGACCACCUCAAGUCGGAUCCAUACCCCGUUCUUCCAUCUUGCAAGACUAUUCUGGAAAUGAGCAUUUCACCACUUCACACUCUGACUUUUCAGACACUCUCGGCUCAUCCCUGCCGAAACAGUCCUCCUACUUCGCUGCCAAGGGAUCUACCUUGACGCCAGUGCCGUCUACUGGCCAGCUUCCAUCAAAGCCCGAACGUAGAGAUGACUCCCACGCGACCAGUUUGCCGGCCAGACAAACUCACCAUGCUGAGGCCAGCCGAGACCCCGAACGAGUCAUCCGCCAAGGCUAUUUACAGAUUCUCAAAUCGUACAAGACCGGCGUCAAAGGUUGGAAGUCUAUAUGGGUUGUCCUCCGAGCUCGAAGUCUGGCCUUUUAUAAAAAUGACCAAGAAUAUGCUGCCAUCAAAAUCUUCAACAUGGAUACUAUAAUAAAUGCCGCAGAGAUCGACCCCAUCAGCAGAUCCAAAAAGUUCUGUUUCCAAAUCAUCAUGGAGGAUAAAUCAUACCGAUUUUGUGCCUCUGAUGAGGAGGAACUCGCCAAAUGGCUCGGUGCCCUAAAGAGCGUCUUGACGAAAAGAGAGGCUGCAGUCAAGGCCAAAGCCAAAGACAAAGCCAGAGCUGUCGCCUUGAAUCAAGCAACUGCCGCUCUGUCUUUAGGCUGAAUUAUUUGUAUGACACUCCUGCAUCCUAGGAGAGCCUUUUGAUCCGCGGACAAGCUCUGCCGUUCCUUCACGACUUUACGAGUUUUACGAUUGACGCCCUCCAAUCACAAUAUCCCAACCUUUCUGAUAUCACUGUUGGCUCCAAAAUGUGCAUGCCUUGUCUUGCCCUUGUCUUUGAGACUAGGACUACUUUCUGGAAAAGAACGAUUGUCUGACGGAGAGCGACUGAAUUUUGCAUAUGUGACGUCCUAUGGUUAUUUACGAUACCCACGCAUAGUUGUUGGAUACCUAUCUCAUGCAUGGGACUUUCCAAGACUGUGUCUACUCGCAAAUCCGGAACGUGCUCUGUCGGAGUGUCCGCACAGGAAGAGGUGUUUAUCUGGUUUAGCGAGCUGUCGAUCACAGCUAGCAUAUAUACUCCUGCAUUCACAUAUCUCAGCCACCCCACCUAGUAUUGACUUGUCCACUCAAGACAUCCUCUCAUUGAUUCUCCAAAAGCUAUUGGUUUACAUAAGAUAGUGACCUGUGUAACCCCACGCAAAUAAUAUAUAAUUCGGUCCGGUACAGUCUUUA